AUCCUUUGACUGGAGAUGCCAGAGACUGAACCUGCGGCUAUCAGCUUGCGAGGUGUGGGCUCGAAACCUGAUCCCCAAGUGACUUCACAGCCAGCGUCAUUAGUGCCCAGGAUGUUUCUGCUGUUGUAUGUCACCACCUUUGCUUUCUAUACCAGUGGCCAAGCUCUUCACAGCCAGGUUAAAGGGGAAACCUAUUCUUCAAGAUACAUUUGUAGCAUUCCAGGAUCGCCGGGCCCUGCCGGCCCCGUUGGUGUCAAUGGAGCACCUGGGCCCCAUGGCCGGAUUGGGAUUCCUGGACGGGAUGGCAGAGACGGCCGGAAGGGAGAAAAGGGUGAGAAGGGAAAUGCAGGUUUAAGAGGAAAGACGGGACCAGUAGGAGCACCUGGAGAUAAAGGAGACCAAGGGGAGUCUGGUAAAAAAGGGCCUCCAGGACUGGGAGGCGCGAAAGGUGAUGUGGGUUCUGUGGGUCCAGCAGGCCCAAAAGGAGAUAAAGGAGAACAAGGAAAACUUGGUGAGCCAGGAGUGUGUAAGUGUGGGAAAAUAGUCCUGAAAUCUGCCUUUUCUGUUGGGAUCACCACAAGUUACCCACAGGAACAACUACCGAUUAUCUUCAAUAAAGUCCUCUUCAACGAAGGGGGCCAUUACAACCCUUCAACCGGGAAGUUCAUAUGUGCCAUCCCUGGGAUCUAUUACUUCUCUUAUGACAUCACUUUGGCCAAUAAACACCUUGCAAUUGGCUUGGUUCAUAAUGGGAAGUUCCGGAUAAAGACGUUCGAUGCUAACACAGGAAAUCAUGAUGUGGCUUCUGGGUCAACAGUGAUGCACCUUCAGCCGGAGGAUGAAGUGUGGCUUGAGAUUUUCUACACGGAUCAAAAUGGCCUGUUUGCUGAUCCCACAUGGGCAGAUAGUUUGUUCUCAGGAUUCCUCUUGUAUGUCGAUACCGACUAUCACGAUGCCCUUUCAGAUGACGAUGAGCUGUGAUAGUUGAGAUGUCUUGGGAGCAUCUCUAAGCGAACACAAGACAGUGAAUGGGAUCGGGUCUACAAUGUCACCAAGACAAAUCAAUAAAUGACUUGCUUGGGGAUUUUGUUUGGGCUGCCGAGGCACCCACAGCUGAAGAGUAAUUUUCAAGCAUACAGUAUGUUGCAUUUCCGGGUCUUUUUACCAAACAGGAGAUUCAGCCAACUGAAAUGUAUAUAAUUGUCCUGUAGAAAAUUAUAAUAAUAUUUAAACAAAGUUAUAAUAAUAGCAUGUAGUUGUAUAUAAAUAUACUGAAUGAGAAUAUUGUGCCAUGAAUAGUGUAGA